AGAUUUGCUAUUUUAAGAAACAAAAAAGAAGGUGAUAAAAACAUUGUUCUCAAGUAUGCUGUUGUUAAUGCUGAAAGAAAUCAGUGACAAGGUCAAACGUUUGGCACAUUCCAAAUGGCUGAAGCUCGUAGUUUUGAGAGAGUUCUGUCAACUUUUAAAAUUGUUCUAAAAUAUGCUGUUGUUAAUGCUGAAAGAAAUCAGUGGCAAGGUCAAACGUUUUGCACAUUCCAAAUGGCUAAAGCUCAUAAUUCUAGAUCCAUUCUUGAGAGAGUUCUGUCAACUAAUUCUGUGGUUUUUGUGAUGAAUUUAAUAGUUUUCAUCCCCUAAUCAUCUUUCCAAGUCAUUAAAUUACGUCCUUAUUCUGAUAAUGGUUGCAAUAUUGAUCUUAUAGAUAGAGUUAUCAGAAUAUUUAUUUGGCAAACUCUCUUCUGUUCCAAAUAUUUGAAUCUAUGGCCCAAAACCUUCAAAGAACGUUCAUCAUGCUUGUCUUUAUUCUUUCAAUAGUAGAUAUUGCAACUUUUCUUGACCGCAGGUAACUGCAAAUUACAUAAUCUCUCAAAGUUGUUUGCUUUUGAUCAGAUUUGGAAUUUUGCAUUACAUUUUAUUUUCUCUUUUUUUAACCAUUCCAGGUUUUAUUUUGAACGGCAUCUACUAACAUGUUUAAUCUCAGCAUAGAAUCAGUGCAAGUGCACGUGCUAGUCUUCACUUCAACAAUACCAAGGAAGAUGUUGAUGACUUUAUCACGGCAGUCAAUGACGCGGUCAGCUUCUUCAAUUCUUUUCAAGUAGUCUGUUUCCAGUAUUUGAUUGUGUUAAAGCUGCUGAUGACUCUCUUCCUCCUCCUUUGUAAGAGGUGUUUUCUUUUCACCAUUCACUCUGUUACAUGCAUCUAGGAGCAUGUAAUACUUGCUUGUAAGCAAGUUUUAUCAAAUACUUAUAUUGCCCUACUUUUUUCUUUUUUCUUUUUUUUUUUAUAAAGGAAAAAAGGUAAGCUUUUCCGUUCCAUGGAAGAAAGCUAAAACCAACUUUUAGCCCCUUACUUUACAAAAUUGGUAGGUUUUAGACCUUAACCUUAUAAUAUGAUACUUUUAGUCCUUUACCUUACAAAGUUAGUAGGUUUUAGCCCCUUACCUUACAAAGUUGGUAGGUUUUAGUCCCUAAUCUUAUACUAUGACACUUUUAGCCCAUUAUCUGUAUGAAUUGAAGAAAAUAACCCUCACUUA